UUCGAGCUCAAAGGUGUAGAAGGUUUCUAAUUGAAGUAUUGCUUCAAAUUACUGCCUUUUCAAGCGUUUAAACUUCAUGUUUACCACAUAACACAGGGAAUCUUACAUUGGAAGCCACAGUUAUUCGUCUGUUGUGUAAAAUCAGAAACUUAUUAACGUCUGAAAGUCUCGAAAGCUGCUUUGUUCAGUCAAGCAAAUAGAAGCACUUUAUAGUUCUAAUCUCGCUUUAGAUUACAAGUCUAAUGUUGCUUUUCAUCGAACUUCUACCAGAACGAAUCUAGAAGACAUACCACUAAAUUGAUGAGCGAUUAAUAAAGAAGAAAGGCUUGUGAUUUGUCUCUCAAAUACACUUUAUACCUWCUUUGGGAUCUGRAGGUKAAUCUGAGUAMAUACACCAGUGAUGCCCUUCGAAGAUAACUUAGGAUAUAGAACACCACCAGCAGAUGGAAGUGAAGGAACAGCUUCAAUCAAACUGACUCUUAAAGGCAAGGAGGAACCAUUGAAACUGAAUGGUUGUUUUAUUCCUUAUGAUGAAAAUUUGAAGAAGCUGAUUAAUGAUCAAACAUAUUUGGGAAAACAUGAGAAAACAAAGUUUUUCAUAUAUUUUUGUUGUAUGGAUAAGAAUUUGGAAAACAAUGUCGUGAAAACUGAGAUAAAUGCUCACCGCUUUACUAAACCAAACAGAGAUAAACAAUGUACUAUAGAUCACGGACCAGAGAGUGCAUUCUUUCUCUAUAAAGAAUGCCAUGUAUUUUUGCCAGCCUGUCAUAUAGACCUAAAGACAACAGAAUUUGAGAAAUUCCUAGAAAAGUAUAGUAAGAAAAUUCCCUCUCAAUUCCAUCAAGUCACAGCAAAUGGCCAGUAUAAAGGACUAACACAGAACGAUGGAUUAGUUAAAUUCCUACCAGUCAAGUUAACAUCAAGCAAUGGAUGCCAAGUUUUGGAAGAUAGCAGCUUCAUUAAGGUGGUGAAUGGCCCAUUCCUGGACUCCAAUGAAGUAGUUGGAUAUUGCUGCAAAGAAUCAGAUGGUAGCAGAAUAAAUGUCUACAUGCUAGGAACACAAGAUGUAACAGUAGUCUCAUCAGGAAUAACUGGCCCAUCUCGAGAMGUGGAAUUGUAUUCCGCCAAACUCAAGGAAGCGAUAACAAAGCAAACAGACUUGCUACCAAGAGGAAUAGCUCAAUCAAMACUGAAAACUGACGAUAUAUUCACAAAUCUAACUGUCUACCAAGGCAAACAAAAAUCUCUACAAGAAAAAAMCCAAGAAGAUCAYCGCACACGAAAAACKGUGACCAAAAUCACAGAGAUAUUYGUUGACGAAAACGAAGACAAYCCAAAAACAAUUUUGGUUUCAGGCGAACCUGGUAUCGGAAAAACGAUGUUCUCGCACAAAAUCGUYAGAGACUGGUCAACAAAUUGCAUAUCGAUCCCURAWAUYAARUUSACKUACCUGAUAAYGUUCAGGCAACUWGUCAUGCUUGGCAACMAAGAGCUCACCCUCAGAGAACUGCUUAAUCGCUCUCCUUUCYUGAACACAAGCACCAUGAUGGACGAUACARUAAUGGCGCACGCCAUUCACCAUUCAGAGCAGUUCUUCGUUGUCCUUGAUGGCUUUGAUGAAUACAAAGACCACAACAAAAUAUUGGGAAGUUAUGAAAGCCAAUUCCCCAAUGAUGCAGAAACCAAGAUGCCGAUAGCUGCCUUGAUGAGCAAACUAAUCCGAAGAAAGAUCUUGUGCGAUUCAGUCAUCAUGAUAACCUCAAGACCGGGCGAAGCCAGCAAGUUAGAUGAAAAACUGCACUUUGACCGAUGUGUAGAAAUUACAGGUUUCUCAGAAGAACAGGUCCUUCAAUAUGUUGAGAAGUAUUUCCACUCUAAACCAGAAGAAGUAAAAAAGAUGGCCAUGGAGAAAGUCAAAGGAACCGCACAUUACAUGUCAUUUGGUCGCGUCCCUCUGAGGUGUUUGUUCGUGUGCCAAGUCAUCGAGUGGGAAAUCAAAAACAAAAUUACUAGAAAUAAUUUAGUUCCCCUUACACUCGCUCAGUUUUAUCGUGAUAUUAUUAGUUGCCUAGAAAGAGCUAAUAGAGAGAUGGAUAGUUUAGAUGAAGAAGCGGCAUCGUUGGCUGUUGAGAAAACCCUCAAUAACUUUUCUGAACUAGCCGCACAGUUAGCUGAACAAAAACGCUUUAUUUUCACACAAAAAGACUUAGAAAAGCUAAAAUUACCUGAAAAUGAAACAUCUUACCUUAAAUCAAGUAGUUUAAUAUUUUGUUAUCCUGUUGCCAGUGAUUGUCCAUUCCCACAAACAACUCUUGAGUAUAGUUUCUCACAUUUAACAAUUCAAGAGUUUUUUGUUGCUUGUCAUUUGGUGAAGAAGCGUGCAAUGGCGGCACAAGAAACCUCUGAAAUGGUGCACAUAUUCACGAGUGGUUUGUUGGGUUUAGAUAAGGAGAACAACAACGAUAAAUGUAUGUCGAAAGUACUAGAGUCUGUAUGUAAACAAGUGGAGUAUAAAUGGAGACAACGCGUUGUGUUAUUGCGCUGUCUCCAUGAGUACGGCCAAGAGAAAGAAUUCACAAGACAAGAACUGACUACAAAUCGUGACUACAGAUACUGGUCUAGUCGUGGGGGGUUUGUAUUACGUGGUGUAACCGACACGGACUGUGAUGCACUCGCUAUGUUAGUAGAAUCCACUGCUACAUCAAUGUCAUCACCACCACACACAUUGUACAUUGAAUACUCACAGAUAACCAUUACCGUGUUAAAUAGAUUGUUGUCAUCUCUGAUUCAUUCAAACUGCACAAUCACUGUACUAUGGCUGGUGUGGUGUCGUUUGAAUGAUGAACAUGUAAAGUGUUUGUGUAAAUAUUUAAACAACACUCACAUCACCUCGCUAAUCCUGUCUCACAAUAACAUAUCAGAUGUAGGGGUGCAUCACAUUGUCCAUAACAUACCUAGUAAACUAACCCAUCUAUACCUGCAAUAUAAUCCAGUAUCUGUAGAAGUUAUUGAGAGAAGUAAACAAUUCUGUAAGGAUAAUUAUCCUGGACUUAGGUUCCACAUAGAUAAUUUAAUAUUAGACUCAGGUUUGUAGUGAUAAAAAUAUUUCAACACAACAAAAAUCACAUCAAACCAUUUAUUUUUCAUCAUUUCUUGGUAGUUUUCUACAAUAGUGUAUUUUACUUUUUUUCAUAAUAGGAAUAGCUCCUAAAUUGUAGCCUUAUAGUUCUUGAUAUUUCGAAAUUCAGAACAUGAUUUAUGUUGAAUUUUGAGGCCAAUUGACAUAAGCUGAAAGAAAUAUCACUCUUUGAACAGCUUGAAGAAAGCCAAUUUUUUUGAGUAUUUUUCAACAUUGAAAGAAUAUUUUUAGAACUUUAAAUUUAAAUGAAGUGUCUUAUCUUUGUAUACAGCUUAUCUUAACUUAAAAUAGUAAAAAUUUGCUAUUGAG